AUGAUAUCACAAGGUCAACAGGUCAAACCACAGAAACUCAUUCUUAAAAAGUCACAAAGUCAACAGGUCAAACCACAGAAACUCAUUCUUACACAGUCACAAGGUCAAAAGGUCAAACCACAGAAACCCAUUCUUACACAGUUACAAGGUCAACAGGUCAAACCACAGAAACCCAUUCUUACACAGUUACAAGGUCAACAGUCACAAGGUCAACAGGUCAAACCACAGAAACUCAUUCUUAAAAAGUCACAAAGUCAACAGGUCAAACCACAGAAACUCAUUCUUACACAGUCACAAGGUCAAAAGGUCAAACCACAGAAACCCAUUCUUACACAGUUACAAGGUCAACAGGUCAAACCACAGAAACCCAUUCUUACACAGUUACAAGGUCACAAGUCACAAGGUCAACAGGUCAAACCACAGAAACUCAUUCUUAAAAAGUCACAAAGUCAACAGGUCAAACCACAGAAACUCAUUCUUACACAGUCACAAGGUCAAAAGGUCAAACCACAGAAAUCCAUUCUUACACAGUUACAAGGUCAACAGGUCAAACCACAGAAACCCAUUCUUACACAGUUACAAGGUCAACAGGUCAAACCACAGAAACACAUUCUUACAGUCACAAGUCACAAGGUCAACAGGUCAAACCACAGAAACUCAUUCUCACAAAGUCACAAGGUCAAACUACAGAAACCCAUUCUUACACAGUCACAAGGUCAACAAGUCAAACCACAGAUACUCAUUCUUACACAGUCACAAGGUCAACAGGUCAAACUACAGAAACCCAUUCUUACACAGUCACAAGGUCAACAGGUCAAAUCACAGAAACCCAUUCUUACACAGUCACAAGGUCAACAGGUCAAACCACAGGAACCCAUUCUUACACAAUUACAAGGUCAACAGGUCAAACCACAGAAACCCAUUCUUACAAAGUCACAAGGUCAACAGGUCAAACCACAGGAACCCAUUCUUACACAAUUACAAGGUCAACAGGUCAAACCACAGAAACCCAUUCUUACACAUUCACAAGGUCAACAGGUCAAACCACAGAAACUCAUUCUUACACAGUCCCAAAGUCAACAGGUCAAACCACAGAAACUCAUUCUUACACAGUCACAAGGUCAACAGGUCAAACCACAGAAACCCAUUCUUACACAGUUACAAGGUCACAAGGUCAAACCACAGAAACUCAUUCUUACAUAUCACAAGGUCAACAGGUCAAACCACAGAAACUCAUUCUCACAAAGUCACAAGGUCAAACUACAGAAACCCAUUCUUACACAGUCACAAGGUCAACAAGUCAAACCACAGAUACUCAUUCUUACACAGUCACAAGGUCAACAGGUCAAACUACAGAAACCCAUUCUUACACAAUUACAAGGUCAACAGGUCAAAUCACAGAAACCCAUUCUUACACAGUCACAAGGUCAACAGGUCAAACCACAGGAACCCAUUCUUACACAAUUACAAGGUCAACAGGUCAAAUCACAGAAACCCAUUCUUACAAAGUCACAAGGUCAACAGGUCAAACCACAGGAACCCAUUCUUACACAAUUACAAGGUCAACAGGUCAAACCACAGAAACCCAUUCUAAACACAGUCACAAGGUCAACAAGUCAAACCACAGAAACUCAUUCUUACACAGUCACAAAGUCACAAGGUCAAACCACAGAAACCCAUUCUUAUACAGUCACAAAGUCACAAGAUCAAACCACAGAAACCCAUUCUUACACAGUCACUAGGUCAACAAGUCAAACCACAGAAACUCAUUCUUACAGUCACAAAGUCAACAGGUCAAACCACAGAAACUCAUUCUUACACAGUCACAAGGUCAAACCACAGAAACUCAUUCUUACACAGUCACAAGGUCAACAGGUCAAACCACAGAAACUCAUUCUUAUACAGUCACCAGGUCAACAGCUCAUCAAAUGUAACCAAACUUAG